AUGUUCCGUACGUUGUUAGGCUCCGUUUUGAUAGGAGUUGCCGUCGCAUGCAGUACAGGUCUCGGAGGAGCUGGUGACUAUGAAUAUAUCGAAGAUCCUGUUUUCACCAUGGAAAUCAGUCCACCUAUUGGCUGGACUUACUUUCCAACUAAGGCUUCUGAUGCUGCUAACACACAAGUGUGGUUCUUCCCUGGACAAGCCAACGAUUCUGUUCAUGCUGAUCAGAGAGCAGAUGCAGAAUUAAGAGCCGCGAUGAUGGAUGCUAUCGCUGCAGCUAAUAUACCUCUGUAUGGUGUGGAUAUAGCCAAUGAUUAUACUUCUCUUCAAGUUGAAAACUCUCUCGGUAACACAAAAGGUGUUGGUCCUCUGUACGGAAAGGUUGAAUCAGGAGCACUUACGCAAACCGCUGCUGGAGCUGGAGCCGCCGUUGAUAUGAUUUUCCAGCCAUACUCCAAGCAAGUCAAGGUGUCUGUAUAUAAUGCUGGAGCUACAAGAUAUAAUUGGAAUAUAGUGAAAAAUACUUUCAUGCAGAAACUUACUUUGAACUUCAAUUCUAGAUUCGUAGGCGAAGUGGUUAUAAGUAAAACAUAA